CUGCCUACAUGCCACGAUUGUCCCCAGUUGUUCCCUAACCUAAUGUUCAGCACAUGAACACCGAUACCACUGCAAUGUGAUCACGUAAUUACAUUCUCUCUUUUCCAAGUAUUCUCUCAUAAAAAUAGCCAUCCGUUGACCUCGCUCCCUUUUGCCUCUAAAGCACUCCUUCCCCUCGUCCCUUUCUUCUUUUUCCCUUUCCUCCUUUUGAUCUUCUCUCCAUAGCCUUGUCUGCAAAAAGGAACCCCAUUGAAGAAUGCGUGCUUGAAUGUCCAUAGACGGGGAAAGAUCGGACGAGAUAGCAAAGAAGAUCAAGAGAGAGAAGGAUGCAGCUUAUGGUGAUGAAAUGGGAAGACGGCACAUGAUGUUGAGCCCGAGCUGCACCGGGACGCUCAACAACAUAACGCCGUGCGCGGCGUGUAAGCUUUUGCGGAGGCGAUGUGCCGAAGAGUGCCCUUUCUCCCCUUAUUUCUCCCCACACGAGCCUCAGAAAUUCGCCGCUGUUCACAAAGUCUUCGGUGCAAGUAACGUCUCCAAGAUGCUCACGGAGGUAGCAGAGAGCCAAAGGGCCGAUACCGCAAACAGUUUGGUGUACGAAGCGAAUCUGAGGCUAAGAGACCCAGUGUACGGAUGCAUGGGUGCAAUCUCGGCUUUGCAACAGCAGAUCCAAACUCUGCAGGCUGAACUCAACGCUGUAAGAAAUGAGAUACUGAGAUUCAAAUACAGAGAAGCCGCCACUAACAAUCAUAUUCAAUCCAAUGUUGUUGUUCCUCGUUCUAGUACUGCUCUUAAUCCUACAGCUGCUUUGGUGGUUUCUGUUGUUCCUCCUCCAACCUUUUCUUCGUCUUCUUCUACUGCCGCACCUCCCGACCCCUCUCCUCCUCCUCCGCCACCCCCAUCUUUAGUCAUUCCCUCAUCUUCUUCCUCCUCCUCCUCUUCCACUUCUUCUUUAUUCACCACCUCAACCAGCACCACCACCUAUAGCUCCAUCUCUAGCGACACUAAUGUUCAUUACUUUGAGCAAAUCUGAUCUCAGAACCUUUUGAUCACUGUUAGUAUCCAUAUGGAAGCUAUUGUACUAGAUUAUUUGACUUGCGCCUGUUCUAAUUAUACACAAGGUUGAGAAGAACCACUUCAUCUUAGAGAUUUCUUUGCAGCUCCUGUAUUGUGAUCUGAUCUAGAUUCCCGAGUAACUGUAAUCUCUUUUUCUAUGAUUUGAUCACGUCAAGCAUUAUUUCCA